GAGAAACAAAAGCUUGGUAAGAAAGGUGGAGGCAUGAGAAUGAGUAGUCAGGUAACUAGUUUACUUCAAAAUUACUUUCAUGCUGGAAAUACAAAUAAAAGUGAUAGGUAUUCACCUGAAGACAUGUUGAAUGAGUUGAACGUUAGUGAUUUAGUCAAUAAAAGUCAGGCAGUGAUAGUUGAUUCGAGUAGUGAUGGUGAAAAUGUCAUGUACUCCAAAUCACUCACGGCAAUCUUGUUGACAGAAGAACAUCACCUUAUUGAGUUUCCCUCACUUCUACUUCCACCUGGUGUUUCUUCAGGCAGUAUAGUGAACAUUAAUGUUGCUCGUAACUACGAGCAAGAAUCAGCCCAGAGUCGAGAUUUUUGGUCACUUCAAGAAGCCAUAUUAAAAGAGUUUGGAGAGAGUUCAUCACCUGGAUCGGAUAAAAUCAGAAAUAAAUUAGAGAAUUUGACCGAUAUAAAUAUUUGUUUUGAAUUAAUUGAAAUUAUAAAAAGAAUUGGUGCAAAAUAUGAAGAACAUGUCGGACCUGACACAACUCAUUUAAUAUGUAAUGCACAAGGUGGUAUUGAGUAUCAACGAGCAAUUGAAGGUAAUAUACCAAUCGUGAAACCUGAAUGGUUGGUUGCUUGUGAAAAAGCUGUUUUGGGGUAG